CUUCACAGCCGGUUUAGUUCAGAUGUCGUCGCUAAGACAAAAGUAGGCAGCGACCAAACCAUCAGUUCAAAGAAACCUAAUUUCCACCGUCAGCUAAAUGUCCGAACUCAACGAGGCUCCAUCUCCGGCUGAUGAAGAAGAAGUAUGGAGCUGGGGCGCAGGCACGGACGGCCAGUUAGGGACUUCCAAGCUGCAAGACGAGCAUCUCCCGCAGCUUCUCUCGCUGACGUCACUUCCUUCCAUCUCGAUGCUCGCCUGUGGCGGCGCCCACGUCAUCGCCUUGACUUCUGGUGGUAAGGUGUUCACAUGGGGAAGAGGAAACUCUGGUCAAUUAGGACAUGGGGACAACCUCAACACUUCAUUGCCAAAGCCACUAUCUUUCUUUGACGACGACUAUUUUAUAUCUCAAGCUUCAGCCGGAUGGAGUCACUCUGCUUUUGUUUCAGAUUCUGGUUGUCUUUUUACAUGUGGGAAUGGCUCGUUUGGUCAGCUUGGUCAUGGUGAUAACAUCUCACUCACCUCUCCAGCUAAAGUCUCUUACUUUGUUGAUAAGAGUGUGAAGAUGGUAGCUUGUGGUAUGCGCCACUCACUUGUCUUGUUCGCAGGGAAUCAAGUGUGCGGAUUCGGAUCCGGAAAACGGGGACAGCUAGGUGUGUCAUCAGACAGAACAAAAUCAGUUAAUCUUCCAUGUGUUGUCUCUGGACUAGAAGGUGUUGAGGUUGUUCGUGUAGCAGCUAGUGGAGAUCACAGUGCAGCUAUAUCUGCUAAUGGAGAGUUGUUCACCUGGGGAAGAGGCUUCUGCGGCAGCCCUGAUGUUCAAACCCCUCAGUGUUUGCCUUCGUCUCAAUCUUUCAGAGAAGUUGCUUUGGGAUGGAAUCAUGCUUUACUGCUAACCUUUGAUGGCAAAGUGUUGAAGCUUGGUAACACCCUUGAUAAACAAAACGAGAAGCAACAGUUGCAAGAAGAUUCCUCUGAAACUCUCUUGGAGAAAGUUAUUGGUUUUGAUGGAGUUGAAGUUCUGCAGAUUGCAGCAGGAGCUGAGCAUUCUGCUGCUGUAACAGAGAGUGGAGAAGUUCAGACAUGGGGAUGGGGUGAACAUGGCCAGCUAGGUCAUGGAGACACCAAUGAUCAGACCAAUCCUCAACUGGUGAGCUUAGGAAGUGGAGACCUGCAGACUAAAGAGACCAACGUAUAUUGCGGAAGUGGAUUUACCUAUGUUGUAAGGCGAAAACAACAGCUUUCUUCUUCGCCAACUUCAUCAUAAAAAUGGAUGUACUAUAUAAACUAAUGUGUGUAACAUUUAUACAGUGCAAGAACUCAACUGUUUGCAUGAUUCUCGUCAGAUGAACAUAAUGGGUUUUGUAUCA